AUGCGCUAUAGUCGUGGAACUGUACUAUCGGAAACGAAGAUAAUUCGGUUGGAAGAGUUUCAACCACUGAUGAGCGAUUCAGUCGCUAGUACCAGCAGGGACGACAUCUUUCUGUUGCCUCUUGCAAGUACUUCACCACCUUUCAAAUUCAAUAGAUUCAUGAGAUUCUUUGAUUCCAUUAUGUUCAGAUUUAGGUGCUGUUGGAAUUUUCUUCGUCGGCGUCGUACGCUGCAUUCUCGGACAAUAAGAGUUGGUCAUGGGCCAGUACUGGGCUCUGCACACACCUUUCCUCCCAAUACUGUAUGCAAUCAGAAGUAUAACAUUUUCACAUUCGUUCCAUUGGUCUUAUUCCAACAGUUCAAAUUCUUUUUAAACUUGUAUUUUUUGCUAAUGGCGUGCAGUCAAUUCAUACCAGCAAUCCAAAUAGGAGCACCAAUUACCUAUUGGGGACCCUUAGGUUUUGUGUUAACGGUUACAUUGAUUCGAGAAGCUAUGGAUGACUUUGUUCGAUUUUUGAGAGAUCGAGAACUAAAUAGUGAGAAAUAUGAAAAAUUAACACCACAGGGUAUCGACUAUAUAUCAAGCUCCAAGAUCAAAGUUGGCGAUUUGAUUCUUAUACAAAAAGAUAAGCGUGUCCCAGCAGAUGUAGUCUUAUUACGAACUACUGAAAAAUCGGGUGCAUCUUUUAUUAGAACAGAUCAAUUGGAUGGUGAAACUGACUGGAAACUUCGAGUUGCUAUACCUGUGACACAAAACCUUGCAUUGGAUCAGGACAUAUUCGACCUUAAUCUGGAAAUUUAUGCUGAAAAACCGCAAAAAGAUAUUCAUGAUUUUGUGGGCACCUUCAAGGUAAGUUCAGAAGAUUCGGCUCAAGAUGGAUCGUUGAAUGUUGAAAAUGUGUUGUGGGCUAAUACAGUGCUUGCAAGUGGCCGUGUUGUUGGUAUCGUUGUGUACACUGGUCGGGAAACAAGAUCUGUUAUGAAUACCACGUUGCCGGAAAGUAAAGUUGGAUUGCUUGAUGUCGAAGUAAAUAAUUUGACCAAAAUAUUGUUCUUGUUUGUGGUGGUAUUGGCUUCAGUAAUGGUCGCAAUGAAGGGAGUUGACAAAAACUGGUAUCGCUACUUGAUGAGAUUUAUUCUCUUGUUUUCAUAUAUAAUUCCAAUUUCCUUGCGUGUGAACUUAGAUAUGGCCAAACUUUUUUAUUCUUGGCAAAUCGGAAGGGACCAUCACAUUAAAGAUACAGUUGUCCGCAGUAGCACUAUUCCUGAAGAAUUGGGCAGAAUUUCAUUUUUAUUAUCUGACAAAACCGGUACAUUAACAAUGAAUGAAAUGCGCUUCAAGAAAAUCCAUUUAGGAACAGUGGCUUUCAGUAGUGAUGCUUUUGAAGAUGUUUCAAGACAUGUAUUAUCCGCGUCUUCUGGGAAGCUUGGUCGUCAUUCAUUUUCCACUAAAUUACAGACAGCAGUAGAGGCUAUUGCUCUUUGUCACAAUGUAACGCCUACAGAAGAAAACGGUCAGAUUAGUUACCAAGCUGCCAGUCCUGAUGAGGUUGCAUUAGUUCGAUGGACAGAACAAGUGGGCGUUCGGCUAGCGCAGCGUGACCUCACUUCGAUGCAACUACAGCUCUCUAGCGGUCAGACGAAAAGUUUUCAGAUUCUUCAUUUAUUUCCGUUUACUUCCGAAACAAAACGAAUGGGUAUCAUUGUUAAAGAUGAAACAAGCGAUGAAAUUAGUUUGCUGAUGAAAGGUGCUGAUACUGUGAUGGCUGGUAUGGUACAGUACAAUGACUGGCUGGAAGAGGAGUGUAGUAAUAUGGCAAGAGAAGGUUUGCGGACUCUGGUAGUUGCGAAGAAAGUUCUAACUGUAGAGCAAUUAACUGAUUUCGAGAAACAUUAUCAUCAGGCUAAAAUGACUGUGGUAGAUAGAAAUGAGCAUAUGGCUGCUGUACUACGACGUCUUGAAACCGAUCUGCAGCUGAUUUGUCUGACUGGUGUUGAAGAUAGAUUGCAGGACCAAGUGACGACAUCAUUAGAACUCCUUCGAAAUGCGGGCAUAAAAGUCUGGAUGUUGACUGGAGACAAGCUAGAAACAGCUAUUUGUAUUGCGAAAUCGUCAGGACUUUUCUCUAAAACAGAUAAUAUUCAUGUAUUUGGACAAGUGCAUACUAGAAUAGACGCUCAUAACGAACUGAAUGCUUUGAGAAGAAAAAACGAUGUGGCAUUAGUUCUUCCUGGAUCUGCUCUUAAUGUCUGUUUGCAGUAUUAUGAAGCGGAGGUGGCAGAACUAGUAUGUGCAUGUACUGCCGUUGUAUGCUGUAGAUGCUCACCCGAGCAGAAAGCGCAACUUGUCAAUUUGCUUCGAAAAUACCGCUCUCCCUUACGAGUGGCCGCUAUUGGUGACGGUGGUAAUGACGUAUCUAUGAUACAAGCAGCACAUGCAGGAAUUGGUAUAGAUGCUCACGAAGGAAAACAGGCUUCUUUAGCAGCCGACUUUUCUAUUCCUCAAUUUGCACACAUUUGCCGAUUAUUACUUGUUCAUGGGCGUUACUGUUACAAACGUUCAUGUGCACUUUCUCAGUUUGUAAUGCAUAGAGGUCUCAUCAUAUCUAUCAUGCAAGCAAUAUUCUCGUGUGUAUUUUAUUUUGCUUCUAUUUCUUUGUAUCAAGGAGUAUUGAUGGUUGCAUAUUCAACGGUUUACACAAUGCUACCAGUGUUUUCCUUAGUUGUUGAUCGAGAUGUGACUGCUUUAAAUGCUUUGACUUACCCAGAACUUUAUAAGGAGCUGGGUAAAGGUCGCUCUUUAUCUUAUAAAACUUUUUGUAUAUGGGUUCUUAUCAGUAUUUACCAAGGAUCUGUGAUCAUGUACGGCGCUUUACUUGUCUUUGAUUCCGAUUUUAUUCACGUAGUUUCGAUCAGUUUUACUGCUUUGAUCGUCACUGAAUUAAUUAUGGUAGCACUUACUAUACAUACUUGGCAUUGGGCUAUGCUUCUUGCUCAGGCCCUUUCUUUGGGGUUAUAUGCGGGAUCUCUGCUAUUAAUGGAUAACUUUUUUGAUCGUCAAUUUGUCACAACUUGGAUUUUCUUGUCGAAAACAACGGCAAUCACAGCCAUUUCAUGCUUCCCACUUUACAUUAUCAAGGCACUUAGAAGACGAUUUUCCCCACCUUCAUAUGCAAAAGUGAAUUGA